AUGCAUAUUUCUUCCGCCACCACCUUCGCGGCCCUGAUCCUCGCCGCCAACGCCGCCCCGGCCCAGCUGCCUACCCACAAGACGUCCUCGUCUGGCGUCGUCCAACUCAGCGGCAGCCGUGUCCAGGAGCGCUCGCCCUUCGACUGGGGCGACGUUGCCAAGCCCUUCGAGAAGGUCGGCAACUUCCUCACCGGUAAGAGCGGCGACGACGAGAGCUCCAACGAGAAGCGCUCGCCCCUCGACUGGGACGAUGUGAAGAAGCCCUUUGAGAAAGUCGGCGACGCCAUCACCGGCAACACCGAGAAGCGUGAGGCCGCGCCCUUCGGCUGGGACGAUUUCAAGAAGCCGUUCGAGAAGGUUGGUGACGCCAUGACCGGCAACACCAAGGACGAGAAGCGCGAGGCGGCGCCCCUCGACUGGGACGAUGUGAAGAAGCCGUUUGAGAAGGUCGGCGAUGCCAUCACCGGCAACUCGGAGAAGCGUGAGGCGGCGCCCCUCGACUGGGACGAUGUGAAGAAGCCGUUUGAGAAGGUCGGCGAUGCCAUCACCGGCAAUUCGGAGAAGCGUGAGGCGGCGCCCCUCGACUGGGACGAUGUGAAGAAGCCGUUCGAGAAGGUCGGCGACGCCAUCACGGGCAACACCAAGGACGAGAAGCGCGACGUCGACCAGCUCAUCAAGAGCAACCCUCUCUAUGACACGGACGUCGAGGACCUCGUUGAGGGCGACGACUAG